AUGCCUCCCAUAACCUCCCAACCUUCGGGAUCGUCUGGGUCAUCGGCCGCAACUGGGUCUUCCUCUAGCAGCAGCUCCGCCUUUCUACCGAGGUAUCGACCAGACCCAACGAACACCCGCGUCUUGCUGCAGUCACUCGAGGAGCUUCGCGACUCCCUCAGCAAUCGUGUCGAGCAGCUCUCCGUCGCCGUCGAACGCCAUCGCGGUCAAGCUGGAGAACUAGAGCGUGCUGCCGCCCUUGGGACCGCGCUGUCUCCCUCGUUCACAACAACGUCCGCACUGUCCAACAUCACGCCACUUCCUCGUCCAGUCUUCGCACGCAUGUCGACGCCCCGCAACGAGCAGGCUUCUGCCUCUUCGUCUUCCCUCCCCUCAAGCCAUGCCGGCCAGGGCUCCCGGAGUGGCGGGCACGGUUACGCCACGAGGCUAGCAUACAUCCCCACUCAACAUGCGGAGCCGGUGCGCUCACGCGGCCACCCGCCGACUAACCUGGCCGCUAUCGCAAAGCAGCCCAAGCCGAUUGUCGUGCGCUCACCACGCCCGACACAAGACUCGAGCUCACCUGACCCGAUCGCCUAUACGCCCCUCCCUGCUGAACCCCCUGCCGAGCCAAGCGAGUAUGAGACGACUCUCGCCAGUCUGGCCAACCUAACCACCGGUCGAUACCGGGCGCCGUCUCGCCCAGCCGAAAGUUCUGAGCCGCCGUCGUCUCGCCCCAGUGUCUCAAGCACGCCCAGUGAGCGGACAAGAAGCGAGGCUUCCAGCUCCCGUCGCUCCGACUACUAUGGUGCUUAUCAGUCCUCUGGGUUGACCAGCCGUGGAAUAAUGGUUCGCGAACGCCAGGGCCACCCGGUCGACCGCGAAGCUCGCAAUAUCGUGCAGGUGGCACAAGACUUACGUGCGGGCGUUAUGGCCAGUCCACCGAGUGUCACUGCACCUUCGUUCACGCGUGACCUGGGUACCAGUCGCAGGCACCGUUACGUGCGAACGCUCGAGAGCCAGAUUGAGCAGGCCGAGGCCCGCCUGAACGAGACAAGAGCGGCAUGGAUGCGCAGCGCCCGAGCGAGCGCUGACAAUGGGGCAGCGAUCAUGCAACGCCACGUCGACAUUGCUCACGAUCUAUGGGACCUCGUUACCCAGCAGGCGGAGACGAACCGCACCGAGGAUCUCCCGAUGGAUGCCAUGCAGUACGCCCUCUCGCUCACCCGCCCGUUCCGUCGCAGCACGACCGGGCUCGAUUCCACGGAUGAUGUCCUUCAGCGCCUGACCGAGACGGAGCGGGCGUUCCUGAACCGAAUCAUGAACCCGCCUGCCGAUCGCCCACUGCACGGGGACUACAGCUAUUAUCGCGAGUUCUUGUUUGAGGAGCGCCGCCGGUCGCGAAGCGGCGGAGAUGACUCGGACGAUGAGGAUAGUUGGCCGGCCGACCGCUUGGAGCUUCUCGAUCUCGUCUCUCGCAGCCGAGCGCACGUCCAGGGUGUGACUCGCGCGCUGAGUCCCGACUGGUGGGAGGAGCAGGCGCGCGACCUCGAGGAGGAGCAGGAGCGUGAGGGCCGUGGACAGUCCGACGAUACGGAAUAUGACGAUUUCUUUACCUGGGCGCAGGCUCGUCGCCGGCACGCUGCGCGACAGGCCGAGACGACGGAGCAGAUGCAGCGAGUCUUUGACCAGCAGCAGACGUCCCGCCUCCGCCUUCCGCCACACAUUCACAACGAGAUCGUCCAGCGCCAGCAGGAGAUCACGCAACCGCGGCGCUCCCGCCUCCGCCCUUCUUCCCGCGCUGACGAUGAGGACACCGAGACUCAGGGUCCCGAUCAGCUCACCCGCCGUCGCCUCCGCCACCUUCGCGAGCUGCAGCGCGAGCACCGUCCAUCCCUCUUCAGCUCCCGCGAGGCAAACGAGGAGGCUACGCGCCAGCAGCAAGCCGCCGCCAUCAGCGCUCUCCGCCGCGCGCAAGUCCUUCAAGCUCUGCGCAACGAAAGCGGGACUUGGGACCUUGCUCCGUCGGAGCGCGACCGCGUUGAGCGAAACCUGACUGAGCGCGACCCUGAGCUGCACGCGACGAGCAGCACGAUCAGCAUCAUUGAGCAGUCUCGCGCGCGCACGCACGCCUUGACGCGCGAGCUUGAGUUGGGACAACAAGGCAACGAGCGGCCUGUCAUGCGCCGCGUGCUGGCGAACCUGGAGCAGAUGCUCGCCUCUGGCCGACACAGCGAGGACAUUCGCCGCCGCCUCGAAGCACUCGUCGCCCGCGAGCGCGAGGUGCUUGCCGAGAUCGACGCAAGGCUCCCUGACACCUCCGGUGUGGUGACCCGGCUCGGCGAGGCGGACAGCCGCCAGCUCGAUAUUGGGCGUUCGUACCGCCGCCUUGCAAGUCGUCAGGCGGAGCUCUCAGCCUGGGGUGACUGGGCGCCGGCACCCCGCUCGACGGCCGCUACGCAGGGCUCCGCCCGGCGCCUGAGCGAUGUGACCGUCGUGCCGCCCGAGGGCCCCGAGGCGACCAGCGACAGCAGUCAGGAGCGGGACGACUCUUCCCUCCCCUCGUCGCCAUCGCCCUCGUCGCCCGCGUCCGAGAUCGACCCCGACGGCGCCUUCCGCGCUCUCCCCUCUUUGCCGUCUGUGCCUCUCCUUCCGCCCGCGCCGGCACUCACGCCCCGCUCGCCCCCAUCAAGCGGGAACGCAACACGCACUCCCUCCUUCCCCAACACGCCCGAGGGCGGUCAGGCCGAGCCGGCCGAGGACGUCUUUGUCGUUACAAUUCCGCUCAUUGCGAACGAGGAGGAGAAGGACGAGCCCGCGCCCCAUGCCGAACUCGCGGCUCAGCACUGGCCCAAUGCACCCGCUCGCCGUCGCGUCAGGCCCUACGUCUCCAUACUCGACCUGUGA